AGCACUUGUUGCAUUAUCUUUCAGCGGAGCCAUUGGUCUUACCUUUCUCAUGCUCGGAUGUGCCUUAGAAAGUUAUAAAGUUUACUGGCCUCUGUUUGUUUUGAUAUUCUACGUCAUCAGUCCCAUUCCACACUUCAUUGCCACCAGACUCAGCGAUGACAGUGAUGCAGCCAGCAGUGCCUGUCGGGAGUUGGCUUACUUUUUUACCACUGGAAUUGUAGUUUCAGCAUUUGGCCUUCCCAUCAUACUUGCCAGAAUACACUUGAUCUACUGGGGAGCCUGUGGCCUGGUCCUCGCCGGAAACGCUGUGAUCUUUCUCACCAUCCUUGGAUUUUUCGUAGUCUUUGGAAGAGGAGACGACUUUAGUUGGGAGCAGUGGUAA